ACAGGUCGUAUGCGUAAAGCAGAACGAACUUGGCUGACAAAUUGCCGUGUGUCUAAAUAACUUCACCAAUAUUUAAAACAAAUUUAUGCAAAUAAAUCUUGUAUUUUGAUGAUUUUCUCUUAAUUUAGUAAAGCUUCAUAUGAUAUAGAUGGCAAAUAUUUUAAAGAGACUUUGCAUGAGGAGCUUACGAACUUUUUCUACCUUAACGAAUAACAAAACUGCCACAAACAAUUGUAACUGGAAAUUUCUUGUAUCUGAAAAGUGGCCUAAAGGAAUCAACUUUAAAAAUUAUCACAUAAAAAGGUCUCUCUUCAUACAAACACAAGAAACUCCAAACCCAAAUAGUUUAAAGUUUCUUCCUGGUGUUCCAGUCCUAGAAUCUGGUACUUUUGAUGUGCCAAAUAUUUCUACUGCAUCAAAGUCUCCUCUUGCUCGUCAGUUAUUCCAGAUUGAAGGAGUAACGGCUGUUUUCUUUGGUCCUGACUUUAUAACAGUAUCAAAGGCAGAUGAUGAUAUUGAAUGGAAAGUUUUAAAACCUCAAAUUUAUGCCACUAUCAUGGAUUUUUUUGCCACUGGUCUACCCGUUGUUACUGCUGAGCGAGAAUCAUCAGAAAAUGAUUUGGAUGCAGAUGAUGAUGAUGAUGAGACAGUUCAAAUGAUAAAAGAGUUGCUAGAGACCAGAAUUCGACCUGUUGUGCAAGAAGAUGGUGGAGACAUUAUAUAUAAAGGUUUUGAAGAUGGUAUUGUAAAACUUAAAAUGCUAGGAGCUUGUACCAGUUGUCCUAGCUCUGUGGUAACAUUAAAAAGUGGUGUAGAAAAUAUGCUGCAGUUUUAUAUUCCUGAAGUAAAAGGAGUUCUUCAGGUCACUGACGAAGUUGAUGAGAUAGCUGAGAAAGAAUUCAAAAAGUUAGAAGAAAAAUUAAAAGGCUCCGAAGAAUAACUUUUAAAUUUAUAUAUAUGUAUACCUUUUUCUGUACAGUUAUUAGAAAUGAAUUAUAAAGUUUGCUAAAGUGAAUGACAAUUAAAGAAUUAAGUUAAAUAAGUACCUUUGUU